AGAUCUUCCGGGUGCCGCUGCCGCCGGCCGCGGAGGCAACGCCGGUCCGCGCUCCUCCCCUUCCCGCCCCCGUCUUCGCGCGCGGCGCCUAGAGCCUCGCGAGAGUUCUGGCGGCUGCGGGGCUCUCGCGAGAGCUGGCGCCGCCCCGCCCCGGCCGUUGUGUCCCGCCGCGGCCUCGCGAGAUCUCGCGGCAGGUCUCGCGGGAGGUGCUCGCCCGCCGGCCCCCUACUAGUCUGCGACUUGCAGAGCGUCUGCCCUUUGCAGCCAGGGCCCCACGCGGCAGCGACUCGGACGGCGCCGGGCCAAGGAUGGACUGGCUGUGAUUCCCGGCUCAGCGCCCAGACAAGCGACUGAAGAUGAAAGUGGACAGGACUAAACUGAAGAAAACCCCCACGGAGGCGCCUGCCGACUGCCGGGCCCUCAUCGAGAAGCUCAAGGUGUGCGGCGACGAGCAGCUGCUGGCGGAGCUACAGCAGAUCAAGACAUGGAACAUCGGGAAGUGCGAGCUGUACCACUGGGUGGACCUGCUGGACCGCUUCGAUGGCAUCCUGGCGGAGGCGGGCCGCACGGUGGAGAACAUGUCGUGGAUGCUGGCGUGCGACCGGCCCGAGCGGGAGCAGCUCAAGGCGCUGUUGCUGGCUGUGCUCAACUUCACCGCCCUGCUCAUCGAGUACAGCUUUUCCCGGCACCUCUAUAGCUCCAUCGAGCACCUGACGACGUUGCUGGCCUCGUCGGACAUGCAGGUGGUGCUGGCCGUGCUCAACCUGCUCUACGUCUUUAGCAAGCGCUCCAACUACAUCACCCGCUUGGGCUCCGACAAGCGCACGCCGCUGCUCUCCCGCCUCCAGCACCUGGCUGAGAGCUGGGGCGGCAAAGAAAAUGGCUUUGGGCUGGCCGAGUGCUGCCGCGACCUCCACAUGCUGAAGUACCCGCCGAGCGCCACCACGCUGCACUUCGAGUUCUACGCUGAGCCAGGCGCCGAGGUCAAGGUGGACAAACGGGCCACCAGCACCACGCUACACUACAUCCACAUCGAGCAGCUGGACAAGAUUUCGGAGAGCCCGUCUGAGAUCAUGGAGUCGCUCACCAAGAUGUACAGCAUCCCCAAAGACAAGCAGAUGCUGCUCUUCACCCACAUCCGCCUGGCCCACGGCUUCUCCAACCACAAGAAGCGGCUGCAGGCAGUGCAGGCCCGGCUGCACGCCAUUUCCAUACUAGUGUACUCCAACGCCUUGCAGGAGUCGGCUAACAGCAUCCUGUAUAACGGCCUCAUCGAGGAGCUCGUGGACGUGCUGCAGAUCACAGACAAGCAGCUUAUGGACAUCAAGGCGGCCUCGCUGCGGACCCUCACCUCCAUCGUGCACCUGGAGCGGACCCCCAAGCUGAGCAGCAUCAUCGACUGCACUGGCACCGCCUCCUACCACGGCUUCCUGCCUGUCCUGGUCCGCAACUGCAUCCAGGCCAUGAUUGAUCCCUCUAUGGAGCCCUACCCCCACCAGUUCGCCACCGCCCUCUUUUCCUUUCUUUACCACCUGGCCAGUUACGAUGCUGGCGGCGAGGCCCUGGUCUCCUGCGGCAUGAUGGAGGCGCUGCUCAAGGUGAUCAAGUUCCUGGGCGAUGAGCAGGACCAGAUUACUUUCGUGACACGGGCAGUGCGCGUGGUGGACCUCAUCACCAACCUGGACAUGGCAGCCUUCCAGUCGCACAGUGGCCUCUCCAUUUUCAUCUACCGCCUCGAGCACGAGGUGGACCUGUGCCGCCGCGAGUGUCCCUUCGUCAUCAAGCCCAAGGUGCAGCGCCCGGUGGCUGCCGCCGCCACCCUCCCCGAAGGCGAGGAGAUGGAGACGGACAUGGAGGUGACGGACGUGGCCAUGGAGGGCAGCCCCGCCCCCUCCACCUCCAGCGAGCCCCGGCAGGAAGCCCCAGCGCCAGCAGAGCCGCGGGCGCCGGGUGCCGCCGCCGUACCCAGCACCAGCUCCGCCACCGUCCUGGCCCCGCGCAGCGGCGUGCAGUGCAUCCCGCAGCGAGCUGCCCUGCUGAAAUCCAUGCUCAACUUUCUCAAGAAAGCCAUCCAGGACCCGGCUUUUUCUGACGGCAUCCGGCACGUGAUGGAUGGUUCCCUGCCCACCUCACUGAAGCACAUCAUCAGCAACGCUGAGUACUAUGGGCCCUCGCUCUUCCUCCUGGCGACAGAGGUGGUGACGGUGUUCGUGUUCCAGGAGCCCUCGCUGCUCUCCUCCCUGCAGGACAACGGGCUCACCGACGUUAUGCUGCACGCGCUGCUCAUCAAGGACGUGCCCGCCACGCGGGAGGUGCUGGGCUCACUGCCUAACGUCUUCAGCGCCCUGUGCCUCAACGCCCGGGGGCUGCAGUCCUUUGUGCAGUGCCAGCCCUUCGAGCGCCUCUUCAAAGUGUUGCUCUCACCCGACUACCUCCCUGCCAUGCGCCGGCGCCGCAGCUCCGAUCCCCUCGGAGACACGGCCUCCAACCUGGGCAGCGCCGUGGAUGAGCUGAUGCGGCACCAGCCCACACUGAAGACGGAUGCCACAACCGCCAUUAUCAAGCUCCUGGAGGAGAUCUGCAGCCUGGGCCGGGACCCCAAGUACAUCUGCCAGAAGCCAUCGAUGCAGAAGGCGGACGGCACGGCCGCGGCGCCCCCUCCGCGCUCACCCCACGCCGCCGAGGAGGCCUCCAGCGAGGACGAGGAGGAGGAGGAGGUGCAAGCCAUGCAGAGCUUCAGUGCCACGCAGCAGAGCGAGGCUGAGCCCAGCCAGCAGGUGGUGGGCACAGAGGAGCGGAUCCCCAUCCCGCUCAUGGACUACAUCCUCAAUGUGAUGAAGUUCGUGGAGUCGAUUCUCAGCAACAACACGACGGACGACCACUGCCAGGAGUUUGUGGCACAGCGGGGGCUGCGGCCCCUCGUCACCAUCCUGGGGCUGCCCAACCUGCCCGUGGACUUCCCCACCUCGGCCGCCUGCCAAGCCGUGGCCGGUGUCUGCAAGUCCAUCCUGACGCUGUCGCACGAGCCCAAGGUGCUGCAAGAGGGGCUGCUGCAGCUGGACGCGGUGCUGUCGGCGCUGGAGCCGCUGCACCGGCCCAUCGAGGCGCCUGGCGGCUCGGUGCUGCUGCGGGAGCUGGCGAGCGCUGGCAGCGUCGCCGACGCCACGCUCUCGGCACAGGCCACCCCGCUGCUGCAUGCCCUCACCGCCGCCCACGCCUACAUCAUGAUGUUCGUGCAUACGUGCCGCGUGGGGCAGAGCGAGAUCCGGGCCAUCUCGGUGAACCAGUGGGGCUCGCAGCUGGGGCUCAGCGCGCUGGGGAAGCUGAGCCAGCUCUACUGCUCGCUGGUGUGGGAGAGCACCGUGCUGCUGUCGCUGUGCACCCCCAACAGCCUGCCACCGGGCUGCGAGUUCGGGCAGGCCGACAUGCAGAAGCUGGUGCCGAAGGAGGAGAAGGCAGCCCCGAGCCCACCCCAGGGUGGCAGGAGAGCUGAGGGCGAGGCGGAGGCGCCGGGGCCAGGGGCCGGGGCAGGCGCAGAGCCCCCGGCCCAGGGGCUGCUGGAGGGCAUGGGGCUGGACAGCGAGGCACUGGCACCCAUGGAGACGGACGAGCCCAGCGCCGCUGAUGCCAAGGGCAAGGCCAAGAUCACCCCUGCCAUGGCUGCCCGCAUCAAGCAGAUCAAGCCGCUGCUGUCAGCCUCGUCGCGCCUGGGCCGGGCGCUGGCCGAGCUCUUCGGGCUGCUGGUGAAGCUGUGUGUGGGCUCGCCGGUACGGCAGCGGCGGAGCCACCACGCAGCCAGCGCCGCCCCCGCGCCCACCCCCGCCGCCCGCGCCACCGCCUCCGCCCUCACCAAGCUGCUCACCAAGGGGCUCAGCUGGCAGCCGCCCCCCUACACCCCCACGCCCCGCUUCCGGCUGACAUUCUUCAUCUGCUCGGUGGGCUUCACCUCGCCGAUGCUCUUCGACGAGCGCAAGUUCCCCUAUCACCUCAUGCUGCAGAAGUUCCUCUGCUCCGGUGGCCACAAUGCCCUCUUCGAGACCUUCAACUGGGCGCUGUCGAUGGGGGGGAAGGUGCCAGUGGCGGAGGGACUGGAGCACCCCGAGCUGCCGGACGGCACCGGCGAGUUCCUGGACGCCUGGCUCAUGCUGGUGGAGAAGAUGGUGAACCCCAGCACCGUGCUGGAGUCGCCACACGCGCUGCCUGCCAAGGCGCCGGGGCCUGGGCAGCCCCAUUUCAGCGCCCUGCGCUUCCUGGUCGUCACCCAGAAGGCAGCGUUCACGUGCAUCAAGCAGCUGUGGAACCGGCGCCCGCUGAAGGUGUACGGGGGCCGCAUGGCGGAGUCCAUGUUGGCCAUCCUGUGCCACAUCCUGCGGGGCGAGCCUCUCAUCCGGGAACGCCUGGGCCGGGAGCGCGAGGGGCCGAGGGGCGAGGAGGAGCCUGGUGCUGAUGACGCCGGCCCCCGUCGCGAGCCCCAGGUCAACCAGCAGCAGCUGCAGCAGCUGAUGGACAUGGGUUUCACGCGGGAGCACGCCAUGGAGGCCCUGCUCAACACCAACACCAUGGAGCAGGCCACUGAGUACUUGCUCACCCACCCGCCACCCCUCAUGGGGGGUGUGGUCCGGGACCUGAGCAUGUCGGAGGAGGACCAGAUGAUGAGAGCCAUCGCCAUGUCACUGGGCCAGGACAUCCCCAUGGACCAGCGGGCCGAGUCCCCUGAGGAGGCGGCAUGCCGCAAGGAGGAGGAGGAGCGGCGGGCGCGGGAGCGGCAGGAGGAGGAGGAGGCCAAGUGCCUGGAGAAGUUUGAGGGUGCAGAGCCGCUGGAGCCAGGCGAGCUGCUGGCCUUCACGGACGCCAUGCUGCCUGGCUGCUCCCAGCUGCUGGACGAGCUGCCCGACACCGUCUACCGCGUCUGCGACCUCAUCAUGACGGCUGUGAAGCGCAAUGGGGCCGCUUACCGAGACUCCAUUCUUAAGCAAGUGGUCAAGCAGGUGUGGGAGGCGGCUGACGUGCUCAUCAAGGCAGCGCUGCCGCUCACCACCAGCGACACCAAGACGGUCUCCGAGUGGAUCAGCCAAAUGGCGACGCUGCCCCAGGCCUCCAACUUGGCAACCCGCAUCCUGCUGCUCACCCUGCUCUUCGAGGAGCUGAAGCUGCCGUGCGCCCGGGUGGUGGAGUCGAGCUGUGUGCUGGACGUGCUCAUCAAGCUGCUGGAGGUGGUGCAGCCCUGCCUGCAGGCCGCCAAGGAGCACAAGGAGGUGCAGACGCCCAAAUGGAUCACCCCCGUGCUGCUUCUCAUCGACUUCUACGAGAAGACGGCGGUGUCCUCCAAGCGCCGGGCGCAGAUGAACAAGUACCUACAGGCCAACGGGAACAACUGGCGAUGGUUCGACGACCGCUCGGGCCGGUGGUGCAGCUACAGCGCCAGCAACAACAGCACCAUUGACGCGGCUUGGCGAGCGGGCGAGACCAGCGUGCGCUUCACCGCCGGGCGCCGCCGCUACACCGUCCAGUUCACUACCAUGGUGCAGGUGAACGAGGAGACGGGGAACCGGCGCCCCGUGAUGCUGACGCUGCUGCGGGCCCCCCGGGCAGGCAAAGGCGCUAAGGAGGGCGGCGCGGGUGAGACCGAGCGGGUGCCGGACGAGGGCCGGGAGCCCGAGGGCCGAGCCAAGGAGGAGAGCGGCAGCAGCGGUCCGGCAGAGCCGGCGGAGGAGGCGGCGGCGGGCAGCGAGGAGGAGGCGGCGGCGGAGGCCGGCGCGGCAGCGGCGGAGGAGGCCGGCGUGGAGGCGCCGGUGCGGGGACUGGCGGAGGAGGCGGUGCCGGCGGUGCUGCGGGCCUGCGUGAGCAUGCUGGGGGUGCCGGUGGACCCCGACACGCUGCACGCUACCCUGCGCCUCUGCCUGCGCCUCACCCGCCACCACAAGCACGCGCUGCUCUUCGCCGAGUUGCGCAGCACCCGCACCAUCCUGGGCCUCACCCAGAGCUCCGGCUUCACCGGCUUCACCCCCCUCGUCACCCUGCUCUUCCGGCACAUCAUCGAGGACCCCUGCACCCUGCGCCACACCAUGGAGAAGGUGGUGCGUUCGGCGGCCACGAGCGGGGCGGGCAGCACCACGUCCGGGGUGGUGUCGGGGAGCCUGGGCUCCCGGGAGAUCAACUACAUCCUGCGGGUGCUGGGCCCCGCCGCCUGCCGCAGCCCCCAGGUCUUCGCCGAGGUGGCCACGGGCUGCAUCCGCAUCGCCCUGCCCGCGCCCCGUGGCUCUGGCACCGCCUCCGACGACGAGUUUGAGAACCUGCGGAUCAAGGGCCCCAACGCCGUGCAGCUGGUGAAGACGACGCCGGUGAAGCCAGCGGCGCUGCCUGUCAUCCCCGAGCCAAUCAAGGACGUCAUCUACGACAUGCUUAAUGCCCUGGCAGCCUACCACGCCCCUGAGGAAGGGGACAAGGCGGAGGCCAAGGGCACAGCGCCCAGCGAGGUGAGCCAGCUGCUGUCGGACAUCGGCGACGACAUGUACCAGCAGUACCGCAGCCUAACUCGCCAGCCCGGCGACUUCGAUCCCCCGGCUGGCUUCACCCUCAAUGCCCAGGUCUUUGCCGCCGACGGAGCUGCCGCGGAGACGCCCCCGUCUGGGACCCCCCAGGGGGAAGCAGCCAGCCCCGAGGAGGGCCGCGAGGGCCGCAAGGACAAGGAGGGCGAGCGGGCGGAGGAGCGGCAGCGGGCCAAGGGCUCCAAGCCCCUCAUGCCCACCUCCACCAUCCUGCGGCUGCUGGCCGAGCUGGUGCGCUCCUACGUGGGCAUCGCCGCCCUCAUCGCCAACUACAGCUACACCGUGGGGCAGUCGGAGCUCAUCAAGGAGGACUGCAGCGUGCUGGCCUUCGUGCUCGACCACCUGCUGCCGCACACGCAGAACGCCGAGGACAAGGACACGCCGGCGCUGGCCCGGCUCUUCCUGGCCAGCCUGGCAGCGGCGGGCAGCGGCACAGAUGCCCAGGUGGCCCUGGUGAACGAGGUGAAGGCAGCGCUGGGACGGGCCCUGGCCAUGGCUGAGAGCACCGAGAAGCAUGCCAGGCUGCAGGCCGUCAUGUGCAUCAUCAGCACUAUCAUGGAGUCGUGUCCCUCCACCUCGAGCUUCUACAGCAGCGCCGCCAAGACGCAGCACAACGGCAUGAACAACAUCAUCCGCCUCUUUCUCAAGAAGGGACUGGUGAACGACUUGGCGCGAGUGCCCCACAGCCUUGACCUUUCCAGCCCCAACAUGGCCAACACGGUGAACGCGGCGCUGAAGCCCCUGGAGACGCUGUCGCGCAUCGUGAACCAGCCCAGCGGCCUCUUUGGCACCAAGGGCUCCUCCAGCAAGAGCAAGGGCGAGGGGGCUGGCGGCCCCCGGGAGGCCGGUGCCGCCCCCCCCGAUGGAGGGGACCCUGGCGACCCUGAGCCCCCCGAGGAGGAUGCGGAGGCGGCGCAGGCGGAGGCGGCCGACGGCGACAUGGACGGCGAGGCAGAGGGCGACACCGUGGUGCUGGCGGGGCAGCCCGAGGGGCUCAGCACCCAGGAGAUGCAGGUGGAGAACGAGCUGGAGGACCUCAUCGACGAGCUGCUGGAGAGAGACGGGGCCACUGGCAACAGUGCCAUCAUUGUGAGCCGCUCGGGCGAGGACGAGUCGCAGGAGGACGUGCUCAUGGACGAGGCUCCCUCCAACCUCAGCCAGGCCUCCACGCUGCAGGCCAACCGGGAAGACUCGAUGAACAUCCUGGAUCCCGAGGAUGAGGAGGAGCACACGCAGGAGGAGGACAGCAGCGGAAGCAAUGAGGACGAGGAUGACAGCCAGGAUGAGGAGGAGGAGGAAGAGGAGGAGGACGAAGAUGACCAGGACGAUGAGGAAGGCGAGGAGGGCGAGGAGGAGGAGGAUGACGACGACGGCUCGGAGAUGGAGCUGGAUGAGGACUACCCGGACAUGAACGCGUCGCCCCUCGUGCGCUUCGAGCGCUUCGACCGUGACGACGACCUCAUCAUCGAAUUUGACAACAUGUUCUCCAGCCCCACCGACAUCCCGCCGUCGCCUGGGAACAUCCCGGCCACCCACCCGCUGCUGGUGCGCCACGCUGACCACGGCUCGCUGACGCUGGGCGCGGGCUCCUCCAGCACCCGCCUGGCGCAGGGCAUCGGGCGCAGCCAGCGCACCCUGCGCCAGCUCACUGCCAACACCGGCCACACCAUCCACGUGCACUACCCGGGCACCCGGCAGCCCAACCCACCCCUCAUCCUCCAGCGGCUGCUGGGCCCCUCGGCGGCGGCCGACAUCCUGCAGCUGAGCAGCAGCCUGCCGCUGCAGAGCCGGGGCCGGGCCCGGCUGCUGGUGGGCAACGACGACGUGCACAUCAUCGCCCGCUCCGACGACGAGCUGCUCGACGACUUCUUCCACGAGCAGGGCGCUGCCGGGAGCCAGGCAGGGACCCUCUCCAGCAUCCCCACAGCCCUGACUCGCUGGACGGAGGAGUGUAAGGUGCUGGACGCCGAGAGCAUGCAUGACUGCGUCUCGGUGGUGAAGGUGCCCAUCCUGGCCCGGCUGGAGGCCCUGCGCGACGAGGAGCUGGACGAGCGGCGGGAGAAGCGCCGGCGGCAGGCGGCGGAGGAGGAGGCCAAGGGGGCCGAGCGGGUCCCCGAGGACAAGGAGGGGCAGGAUGCCGGUGCCCAGGGUGUCGUGCCCAAGGCCGGUGGCAGUGGCAGCGAGGCGGUGGCAGCAGAGCCCGGCGGGGCGGUGGGCGACCCCCCCCCGGCCGGCCCCCACCGUGCCCUGGUGCUGCUAGAGCCAGCAGCGGUGGAGCCCCCCGCCGCCCCCGGCCCCCCGCCGCCCCCGCCGGCCUCCACCCAGGAGGACGCCGGCCCCGGGCGGCCGCCCACUGACGCCGAGGCCACCCAGAUGGAGCUGUCGCCCGCCCCCACCGUCACCUCGCUGUCGCCGGAGCGCGCGGAGGACUCGGACGCGCUGACGGCGGGGAGCAGCCAGCUGGAGGGCUCGCCCAUGGACACCUCUAGCAUCGCCUCUUGCGCCCUGGAGGAGGCCGCCGCUGCCGCCGCGGGGGCUGGGGCACCGCCAGGGCCUCCCCCCUCUGCCCCCCCGGCACCCCCCGACACCGCCCACCCGCCCGAUGACAGCUCGCCGCCUGCCUCCUCCUCGGAGAGCUCGUCCACGCGGGACUCGGCCGCCGCCAUCUCGGGCGCUGACUCGCGGGGCAUUCUGGAAGAACCGCUGCCCUCCACCAGCAGCGAGGAGGAGGACCCGCUCGCCGGGAUCAGCCUCCCCGAGGGCGUCGACCCCUCGUUCCUGGCGGCGCUGCCGGACGACAUCCGCCGCGAGGUGCUGCAGAACCAGCUGGGGAUCCGCCCCCCCGCCCGGGCCCCGCCCACUCCCAGCCCCGCCCCCCCGGUCGUGGCCAAUCCCGGCCUCACUGAGGUCAGCCCCGAGUUCCUGGCUGCCCUGCCCCCGGCCAUCCAGGAGGAGGUGCUGGCGCAGCAGCGGGCGGAACAGCAGCGGCGGGAGCUGGCGCAGGCGGCCGGGGCCGAGGCCCCCAUGGACCCGGUGACCUUCAUCCAGACGCUGCCCUCGGAGCUGCGGCGCUCGGUGCUGGAGGACAUGGAGGACAGCGUGCUGGCCGUCAUGCCGCCCGACAUCGCCGCCGAAGCCCAGGCCCUGCGGCGCGAGCAGGAGGCCCGCCAGCGGCAGCUCAUGCACGAGCGCCUCUUCGGCCACUCCAGCACCUCCGCCCUCUCCGCCAUCCUCCGCAGCCCUGCCUUCACCAGCCGCCUGAGCGGCAACCGGGGGGUGCAGUACACUCGUCUGGCCGUGCAGCGGGGCGGCACCUUCCACAUGGGGGGCGGCAGCAGCCACAGCAGGCCGUCGGGCAGCAGCGUGGACAGCCUGCUGCGCCUGCGGGGCCGGCUGCUGCUGGACCACGAAGCGCUGUCGUGUCUGCUGGUGCUGCUCUUCGUGGACGAGCCCAAGCUGAACACGAGCCGGCUGCACCGGGUGCUGCGCAACCUCUGCUACCACGCGCCCACGAGGGGCUGGGUGGUGCGCAGCCUCCUCUCCAUCCUGCAGCGCAGCAGCGAGAGCGAGCUGUGCCUGGAGGCGCCCCGCGGCCCCCCGGCGCCCGAGGAGCGGCCCCGGCGGGCGGGCGGCCGCCCCGGCCCUGCCGCCGCCGCCGCCGAGCCCCGUGCCCUCGACCUGCUGCACCGCGUGGAGGCCCGCAGCUCGGGGCAGCUCUCGUGGCUCUCGGUGUCCAUGGACGCGGCGCUGGGCUGCCGCACCAACAUAUUCCAGAUCCAGCGGGCCCCAGGGCGGAAGCACACAGAGAAGCACGCUGCUGCUGCCGGCUCCGCUGUCCACAUCCAUCCCCAAGCUGCCCCCGUGGUGUGCCGCCACGUCCUUGACACCCUGAUCCAGCUGGCCAAGGUCUUCCCCAGCCACUUCACGCAGCAGCGGGGCCGCGAGGCAGCCUGCGAGGGCGAGCGGGAGCGCGGCGGCCCCAAAGCCGGCGGCAGCCCCUGCCCCAGCGGCCCCCCCAGCGGCCCCCCCAGCGGCGCUGGCGGCCCCCCCAGCGGUCUCUCCACUGACUUCUGGGACCUGCUGGUGAAGCUGGACAACAUGAACGUGAGCCGCAAGGGGAAGGGCUCGGCCAAGGCGGGCCCCGGUGGCGGCGGCCCCGAGGCCGAGGCACUGGGGCUGGGCCUGGAGGCCUCACCGCUCGGGCAGCUCAUGAACAUGCUGUCGCACGGCGUCAUCCGCCGCAGCGCCCUGCUCACUGAGAAGCUGCUCCGUCUGCUGUCGCUUAUCUCCAUCGCCCUGCCCGAGGGCGGCAAGGGGGCCGAGGCUGGGGCUGCCCCAGGUGCUGGGGCCCCCACCGGGGCUGCCCCCAGCCCCCCGGCCCCCGCCGCCCCCGCCGCCACUGGUGAGCACGGGGCUGGGAGCGUGCAGGGAGGUUGCGGGGGCCACGGUGCUGACCCUCACGCGUCCCCCCCCGCCACAGCUCCAGCCAAGGGCACCAAGUCUCCAGCGAAGGCGGCUGAGGGGGGCGGCAGCCCCGACCCCCGCAUGGCGGCGACAGGGCUCACCGAGAGCCAGCUGCAGCUCUCCGUGGAGGUGCUGACAUCGCACUCGUGCUCGGAGGAGGGCCUGGAGGACGCGGCCAACGUGCUGCUGCAGCUCUCGCGGGGCGACCCCGGCACCCGCGACACCGUCCUGCGCCUGCUGCUUAGCGGCGCCCGCCAGCUGGGUGCCACGCUCUGCCGCCAGAUCGGCACGCUGCUGGCAGAGCUGCGCGAGUACAAUCUGGAGCAGCAGCGGCGGGCACAGAGCGAGGCCCCAUCCCCGGAGGGGCUCCCUGAGGAGCAGCCCCCCAGCGCCAAGCUCAAGGGCAAGAUGCAGAGCCGGUUCGACACGGCAGAGAGCGUGGUGAUCGUGGCAUCGCAGAAGCGGGCGCUGGGCGGGCGGGAGCUGCAGCUGCCCUCCAUGUCGGUGCUCACCUCCAAGACGUCCACGCAGCGCUUCUUUCUGCGCGUGCUGCAGGUCAUCAUCCAGCUCCGUGAUGACACCCGCCGUGCGCACAAGAAGGCCAAGCAGGCUGGGCGCCUGGGUGCCGGGGGCCUCGGGGCGGCUGGCAGCAUCCAGGCCGCCGUCCGGCAGCUGGAGGCCGAGGCCGACGCCAUCAUACAAAUGGUACGUGAGGGCCAGAGGGCCCGGAGGCAGCAGCAGGCAGACACGGCAGAGGCCGGGCAGGCGGACGGCGCCUCCCGCCGGGACGAGUCGCCCAUGGAUGUGGACCAGCCCUCACCCGCCCCGCAGGACGCCCCCGCUGUGGGCUCGGAGGGCUCGCAGGCGGGCGAGCGGGAUGAGCGGCCACCCGAGCUGCCCCUGCUCAGUGAGCAGCUCUGCCUCGACGAGCUCUGGGACAUGCUGGGCGAGUGCCUGAAGGAGCUGGAGGAGUCGCACGACCAGCACGCUGUGCUUGUUCUGCAGCCCGCCGUCGAGGCCUUCUUCCUGGUGCACGCCACGGAGCGGGAGAGCAAGCCGCCGGUGCGGGACACGCGCGAGAGCCAGCUGGCCCACAUCAAGGACGAGCCGCCGCCGCUGUCGCCAGCCCCGCUGACGCCUGCCACCCCCUCCUCCCUCGACCCCUUCUUCUCCCGCGAGCCCUCCUCCAUGCACAUUUCGGCCAGCCUCCCCCCUGACACCCAGAAGUUCCUCCGCUUCGCCGAGACCCACCGAACGGUGCUCAACCAGAUCCUGCGCCAGUCGACCACUCACCUGGCCGACGGCCCCUUCGCCGUCCUGGUGGACUACAUCCGUGUGCUGGACUUUGAUGUCAAGCGCAAGUAUUUCCGGCAGGAGCUGGAGCGCCUGGACGAGGGACUGCGCAAGGAGGACAUGGCUGUGCAUGUCCGCCGUGACCACGUCUUCGAGGACUCCUACCGUGAGCUGCACCGCAAGUCACCUGAGGAGAUGAAGAACCGCUUGUACAUCGUGUUUGAGGGCGAGGAGGGCCAGGACGCUGGGGGGCUGCUGCGCGAGUGGUACAUGAUCAUCUCGCGGGAGAUGUUCAACCCCAUGUACGCGCUGUUCCGCACCUCGCCGGGCGACCGCGUCACCUACACCAUCAACCCCUCGUCCCACUGCAACCCCAACCACCUCAGCUACUUCAAGUUUGUGGGCCGCAUCGUGGCCAAGGCUGUCUAUGACAACCGCCUGCUAGAGUGCUACUUCACCCGCUCCUUCUACAAGCACAUCCUGGGCAAGUCUGUCAGGUACACGGACAUGGAGAGCGAGGACUACCACUUCUACCAGGGCCUCGUCUACCUGCUGGAGAACGAUGUCUCCACCUUGGGCUACGACCUCACCUUCAGCACCGAGGUGCAGGAGUUUGGGGUGUGCGAGGUGCGGGACCUGAAGCCCAACGGGGCCAACGUGCUGGUGACGGAGGAGAACAAGAAGGAGUACGUGCACCUGGUGUGCCAGAUGCGCAUGACCGGCGCCAUCCGCAAGCAGCUGGCCGCCUUCCUGGAGGGCUUCUACGAGAUCAUCCCCAAGCGCCUCAUCUCCAUCUUCACGGAGCAGGAGCUGGAGCUGCUCAUCUCGGGGCUGCCCACCAUCGACAUCGACGACCUCAAGGCCAACACCGAGUACCACAAGUACCAGGGCAACUCCAUCCAGAUCCAGUGGUUCUGGCGCGCGCUGCGCUCCUUCGACCAGGCCGACCGGGCCAAGUUCCUGCAGUUCGUCACGGGCACCUCCAAGGUGCCGCUGCAGGGCUUCGCCGCUCUCGAGGGCAUGAACGGCAUCCAGAAGUUCCAGAUCCACCGUGACGACCGCUCCACCGACCGCCUGCCCUCAGCCCACACCUGUUUCAACCAGCUGGACCUGCCGGCCUACGAGAGCUACGAGAAGCUGCGGCACAUGCUGCUGCUGGCCAUCCAGGAGUGCUCCGAGGGCUUCGGCCUGGCCUAGCCCCCCCGGCCGCCAGGGCCCGCGGGGAGGGGGCAGGCGGGGCACGCACGACAAAGGAUCUCUAUAAAUAUAUAUAUAUA